AUGGCGACCUGGCAAGAACUUCACGACUUUCAAAUCCCCAGAUUUCCAGAUUUCAGAGACUCAGGGUUUAAGAAUUUCAGAAUCUCAGAAAUUGAGAAUCUCAGAAUUUCAGAAUCUUACAAUUUGAGAAUCUCAGAAUUUCAGAGUCUCAAAAUUGUAGGAGCCUCAGAAUUUAAGAAUCUCAGAAGUUUAAAAUCUCAGAGUUCCAACAAGAUUCCACAGUUUUCCAGUCUUAGAUUCAUAUCCCGAGACCUUCCAAUUGGUUCCUCAUUUUAUUUCCAUUCCGAGCGCCAUCCAAAACUUGUUGACGUAUUCAAAAUGCACAACCGAUAUUGGAGUGGUUGGGCGACAGACUCAACGAUUCAAAAUGGAAACGGAUGGAAAAUUUCUAUCAAUUCGAAAUACGGAAAUAGGAGAGGAGACGUUCUGGACGAUUCUGAAACUUGA